GCGUCACGUGACUCGGAGCUACAUAUGGAACUCCGCGGCUCCGCGGCGUGAACCAGCAUGGCCGGCCGCCCCUGGGUGCUCGUGUCCGCCCUGCUGCUGCUCCUGAGCGGCUCCCGCGGACACAUUUACCCGCUGAGCGACGAGCCGGGACCGGGGAGAGUGUUUGACGGGAUCGGGGGUCUGAGCGGGGGAGGGGCCACGUCCCGGCUGCUGGUGAACUACGCAGAACCGUACCGGAGCCAGAUCCUGGACUACCUGUUCAAGCCGAACUUCGGAGCGUCCCUGCACAUCUUAAAGGUGGAGAUCGGAGGAGACGCCCAGACUACAGAUGGAACGGAAGCGUCUCACAUGCACUACGAGAACGACCAGAACUACUUCAGAGGGUACGAGUGGUGGCUGAUGAAGGAGGCCAAGAAGAGGAACCCCGACAUCAUACUGAUGGGGCUGCCCUGGGCCUUCCCCGGUUGGGUCGGGAACGGGAAGAACUGGCCCUACGACUUCCCAGACAUCACCGCGGCGUACGUGGUCAACUGGAUCCUCGGUGCCAAGACGUACCACGACCUGGACAUCCGGUUUGUCGGGAUUUGGAAUGAGCGACAGUACGACGUCAAGUACAUCAAGCUGCUCCGCUACACUCUGGAUAAGAGCGGGCUGAAACGGGUCGGGAUCGUAGCCAGCGACAACCUGUGGGAGCCCAUUUCCCUGUCGCUGCUGCGCGACGCUGAGCUCAGCGCAGCGGUAGACGUGAUUGGGGCUCACUACCCGGGAACCACCACGGUGCCGCAGGCCCUGAAGACGGGGAAGAAGCUGUGGGCGUCGGAGGAUUACAGCACCUUCAACCAGGAGGAGGGAGGAGGCUGCUGGGCUCGCAUCCUCAACCAGAACUACGUCAACGGUCACAUGACCUCAACCAUCUCCUGGAACCUGGUAGCCAGCUACUACGAGGACCUGCCGUUCGGCCGGUGUGGCCUGAUGACGGCGCAGGAGCCCUGGAGCGGAAACUACGUGGUGUCUUCCCCGAUCUGGAUCUCAGCCCACACGACCCAGUUCGCCCAGCCGGGCUGGACGUACCUGCAGACCGUGGGACACCUGGAGAAGGGCGGGAGCUACGUAGCGCUGACGGACGGGAACGGAAACCUGACCGUCGUCAUAGAAACCAUGACCCACGAGCACUCGGCCUGCAUCAGACCCCCCCUCCUGCCCUACAACCUGACGGCCCAGAACGCAACGUUCCAGCUGAAAGGCUCCUUCGCCUCUGUCCCGGAGCUCCAGGUCUGGAGGUCUCGGUUCAACUUCAAGACCAAGAAGCCGUCGCUCUUCCAGAAGCUUCCUCCGCUGAAGCUGGUAGACGGGUCCCUGACCCUCAGCCUGGCGGAGGACGAGGUCUACACCCUCACCACCAUCACCAGCGGCAGGAGGGGCAGCUACCCCGAACCCCCGCCCUCCGCCCGCUUCCCCAAGCUCUACAAGGACGACUUUGACCUCCGAAACCCCCCCUUCAGCGAACCCCCCAACUUGGCGGACCAGACGGGCGUGUUCGAGUACUUCCUGAACCUGUCGGACCCGGGGCCGCACGUCCGCACGCUGAGGCAGGUGGUGACGCAGAGACCCGUCACCUGGGUGGCCGACGCCGACCAGACCAUCACCGUCAUCGGAGACCACCAGUGGAAGGACCUGACGGUGUCGUGUGACGUGUUCAUGGAGGCGGCCCAGACGGGCGGCGUGUUCGUGGCGGCGCGGGUCGACCAGGGCGGAGGUUUGGUCCGCCGGGCCAAGGGAGUUUUCUUCUGGGUGUUCUCUAACGGAGACUUCAAGGUCACCUCGGACCUGGCGGGACAGACGGUGCUGACGGAGGGCCAGUCCGGGACCGGGGCCUUCAGCUGGGUCACCCUCACGCUGGUCGUCAAGGGCCAGACGGCGUCCGGGUUUCUGGACGGGAAGCCUCUCUGGAACCACACGGCGCUGUUGGCGCCGCCGAGCGGCUGGACGGCGCUGGGAACCCGCUCCUUUGAGCUGGCGCAGUUCGACAACUUCGCCGUGGCGGCCGAGUAACCGUGGUAACCAGAGUAACCGGCCGCUGCUGGACCUGAGCGCUGGUUUGAUUCCUGACAUGUGAAGACCCCGCCCCCCCGAUGGGUCUGACGGGUUUCAGACGGAGGAGAAUCGUUGUAUGAAACCUGUUUCCUGAUAACGUCGUUGAGACUUUAUCUGUGAUUGUUGGAACAUUGAAGGGAACCGCCUUCGUGCCUUUGAGCAAGGCCCUUGACGUGACAAUAGCAGCUGCUCCGAGUCCACCUACAGGUUAAAUGCACAUAAUAAUUUGUCCUUUUGGGACGGAUAAAGGCUAAUUAUAAAAAUAAAAUAAAAUGGGUCGGUCCAGAUUGAUUUCUCUUUGUAACUUGACUCAGGACCAAAACUACGGAAGUAGAUUUGUUUCUUAAUUGUUCAAUCAAAAAAAAUGUAUUUCAAUCAAAGAAAAAAAUUAUUUGAACGCAAAGAAAUAUUUGAGACAAAAAAAGGCAUUUGAACAUUGUUUUUCUUCGAUUGGAGAUGUUUUCAAAAUAAUUCAAUAAAAAAAAAUGAGUUCAAAACUUUUUUCACUUCAAUCAAAAAAAACUUCAAAUGCAAUUGUUUGGGUCUCAAAUAUUUUUAAUAUUUUUUCAACUAGAUUUAUUCUUUGCAUUCAAAUACUUUUUUUCUUUGAUUUGAGAUACAUUUAUUUUAUUGAAGUGAUUUUUUUUUUUUUAAAUUUAAAACAUUUUCUUUUUGAAGCAACUUUUUUUGAUUAAAUGAUAAAGACACACAUUUCCUACCCAUAAUAAUAUGGCCCAAACACAAAAAAAACACUACUUAAAUCAAAAAAGUUGCUUCAAACAAAAAAAUUCACUUCUACCAGAGAAAACAUUUCCAAUCAAAGAAAAACAGAUUGAAAUAAUUUUUUUUUAUUGAAGUGAAAACAUUUUUUUUAUUGAAAAUAUAUUUUUUGAUUGAAGCAAUCUUUUUUUGGAUUGAAUAAUUAAGAAACAAAUCUAUAUCCAUACACAACUCGUCUCUGCAGGGUUUUACUUUGUUAAGAUUUACUUAAAGGUUCUAAAGCGUUGGAACUGGAACAGCGGCUUCGGCGCUGAUUUAUUCUGAAUAUUUGUGAUUUUUGUGACGAGUUCACCUUGAAAUGUGAUUGGAUUUAUAUCGUUUGUUUUCCUGCUGCCUUUUAUUUCAAAAAUAGAUUUUUCUUUCCUAACAGUUAUUUAAUUGUAUUUGUGUUUGUGUUUGAAAUCCCUCCUGAUUGUAGCUUGAAAUCUGAUGGUUGAUUACAAUCCUCACUGUUUACAACCGGGAACAAGUGCCGCUGGUGCUUUAAUUAAUAAAUUACACCUGAUUCCAGAA